AUGACAGCCAUGAAGCCGGAGCAGCAGCCCACCCCGGGGGCCAGGGCGAGCCAGGCUCUGUCGGCGGACCAGGAACUGGGAAGUAACAGCCCUCCACAGAGAAACUGGAAGGGAAUUGCUAUUGCCCUGCUGGUGAUUUUAGUUGUAUGCUCACUCAUCACUAUGUCAGUCAUCCUCUUAACCCCAGAUGAACUCACAAAUUCAUCAGAAACCAGAUUGUCCUUAGAAGACCUCUUCAGGAAAGAAUUUGUGCUUCAUGAUCCAGAAGCUCGAUGGAUCAAUGAUACAGAUGUGGUGUAUAAAAGCGAGAAUGGACAUGUCAUUAAACUGAAUAUAGAAACAAAUACUACCACAUUAUUAUUGGAAAACACAACUUUUGUAACCUUCAAAGCUUCAAGACAUUCAGUUUCACCAGAUUUAAAAUGUGUUCUUCUGGCAUAUGAUGUCAAACAGAUUUUUCAUUAUUCGUAUACUGCUUCAUAUGUGAUUUACAAUAUACACACUAGGGAAGUUUGGGAGUUAAAUCCUCCAGAAGUAGAGGACUCCAUCUUGCAGUACGCGGCCUGGGGCGUCCAAGGGCAGCAGCUGAUUUAUAUUUUUGAAAAUAAUAUCUACUAUCAACCUGAUAUAAAGAGUAGUUCAUUGCGACUGACAUCUUCUGGAAAAGAAGGAAUUAUUUUUAAUGGAAUUGCUGACUGGUUAUAUGAAGAGGAACUCCUGCAUUCUCACAUCGCCCACUGGUGGUCACCAGAUGGAGAAAGGCUUGCCUUCCUGAUGAUAAAUGAUUCCUUGGUGCCUAACAUGGUAAUCCCCCGGUUUACUGGAGCUUUGUAUCCCAAAGGAAAGAAGUAUCCAUACCCUAAGGCAGGUCAAGUGAACCCAACAAUCAAAUUAUAUGUUGUAAACCUAUAUGGACCAACUCAUACUUUGGAACUCAUGCCACCUGAUAACUUUAAAUCAAGAGAAUACUAUAUCACUAUGGUUAAAUGGGUAAGCAAUACCAAGACGGUGGUCAGAUGGUUAAAUCGACCUCAGAACAUCUCCAUCCUCACAGUCUGUGAGACCACUACUGGUGCUUGUAGUAGAAAAUAUGAGAUGACAUCAGAUACAUGGCUAUCUAAACAGAAUAAAAAUCCUGUAAUAGGAGAAAACAUCAGUAAAUUCUUUGUAACCUUACCUGUGCUCCGCAACGGGAGAGGCCACAACAGUGAGAGAAAAUCAAUAUAUUCUAUUUCUUUGCAGAGUAAAAGUGAGCAAAUUACUGUGCGGCAUCUGACAUCAGGAAACUGGGAAGUGAUAAAGAUCCUGGCGUACGAUGAAACGACGCAAAAAAUUUACUUUCUGAGCACCGAGUCGUCUCCCAGAGGGAGGCAGCUGUACAGUGCUUCUACUGAAGGAUUAUUGAAUCGUCAGUGCAUUUCAUGUAACUUUAUGAAAGAACAAUGUACAUAUUUUGGUGCCAGUUUUAGUCCCAUGAAUCAACAUUUCUUAUUACUCUGUAAAGGUCCAGGGGUUCCAGUGGUCAGCCUACAUGACACGGACAACCCAGCAAAAUAUUUUAUAUUGGAAAGCAAUUCUAUGCUGAAGGAAGCUAUCCUGAAGAAGAAGAGAGUAAAGUCAGAAAUUAAAACGCUUCAUAUUGAUGACUAUGAACUUCCUUUACAGUUGUCCUUUCCCAAAGAUUUUACGGACCGAAACCAGUAUGCUCUUCUGUUAAUAAUGGAUGAAGAGCCAGGAGGCCAGCUGGUUACAGAUAAGUUCCAUUUUGACUGGGAUUCAGUACUUGUUGGCACGGGUAACGUCAUCACAGCACGGUUUGAUGGCAGAGGAAGUGGAUUCCAGGGCCUGAAAAUUUUGCAGGAGAUUCAUCGAAGGUUAGGCUCAGUGGAAAUAAAGGACCAAAUAGCAGCAGUGAAAUUUUUACUGAAACAGCCAUACAUUGACUCCAGAAGAUUAAGCAUUUUUGGAAAGGGGUAUGGUGGCUAUAUUGCAUCAAUGAUAUUAAAAUCAGAUGAAAACCUUUUUAAAUGUGGAUCAGUGAUUGCACCCAUUAUAGACUUGAAGUUGUAUGCCUCAGCUUUCUCUGAAAGAUAUCUUGGUAUGCCAUCUAAAGAAGAAAGCACAUACCAGGCUUCCAGUGUGCUACAUAAUAUUCAUGGCUUAAAAGAAGAAAAUAUAUUAAUAAUUCAUGGGACUGCUGACACAAAAGUUCAUUUCCAGCAUUCAGCAGAAUUAAUCAAACACCUAAUAAAAGCUGGAGUGAAUUAUACUAUGCAGGUCUACCCAGAUGAAGGCCAUGACGUAUCUGAGAAGAGCAAAUAUCAUCUCUACAGCACAAUCCUCAGAUUCUUCAGUGAUUGUUUAAAGGAAGAAAUACCCAUAUUACCACAGGAACCAGAAGAAGAUGAAUAA